AUGAGGAUGAUGAGUCUGGGAUUGGGGAAUGCUUUGCAGUGUCACCACGAAGCGUUGCCAUGGAAAUGGAAGCGUCCAGUUACAAAAAUUACGAUGGAGAGUUCCACACUAACCAAACAAGGACAACGAUUUCUGACAAAGCUAACCACCUCCACCGCAGCCACCGACAACCUCAUCCGAAGAUUCGUCGAUGGUUCUCCCAAAUCUGUCGUUCUCACCACUCUCUCACACCUCCUCUCUCCUUCCACCUCCUAUCCACACCUCUCUCCCCUCGCCCUCCCGCUGUUCGGAAGAGCGAGCGAAGCGCCGUGGUUCAGUUGGAACUCCACCACCGUGGCGGAGCUCGCGGCGCUCCUCCACAAACUGGGCCAGGAGGCCCAAUCUGAAGCCCUGAUUUCGGAGGCCACUUCGAAGCUACAAUCUCGCAAACGCGACCUCGUUGUUUUCUACGGGAAACUCGUGGAGGCACACUCCAAACGAAAAUCUGAAACCGGCUUCGACGUGGCUUACGGUUACCUGAAGAACCUUCUCCGCGCAUCCAAUUCGGUUCAUGUGAAACGCAGGGCAUACGAGUACAUGGUGAGUGGGCUGUGUUCCAUGGAUAGGCCCGGUGAGGCAGAGGGUUUAGUUAUGGGGGAUGGGCUUAGGCUUGGGCUUAAACCGUCGGGUUUUGAAUUGAAGUCGAUUGUGUACGGAUACGGGAGAAUGGGAUUGUUUGAGGAAAUGCGGAGAGUGGUGGAAGAAAUGGAGAAGAGAGGGUUUGUGGUUGACACGGUGUGUUGCAACAUGGUUGUUUCGGCUUACGGAGUUCACGGGGAGCACGUGGAAAUGGUGGCGUGGCUUCGGAGGAUGAGGGAUUCGGGGGUUCCGUUUUCUGUUAGGACUUACAAUUCCGUGUCGAAUUGUUGCCCUGGGGUUUUGAGAAUGGUGGGGGAAUUGAGGGGAUUGGCGUUGUCAAUUGAGGAAUUGAAUGAGAGUUUGGAUGGAGGGGAGGGAAUGGUGGUGAGGGAGUUGUUGGGGUGCAGUGGGAUUUUGGGGGAGGUGAUGGUGUGGGAGUCGUUGGAGGUGAAGCUGGAUUUGCAUGGGUUUCACUUGGGUGGGGCUUAUUUGGUUGUGUUGGUUUGGUUGGAGGAGAUGUGGAGAAGGUUGAGUGAUUUGAAUUGUGGGGUUCCUGCGGAAGUUACUGUGGUUUGUGGUUUGGGAAAUCAUAGCAGUGUUCGAGGGGAUUCGAAGGUAAGAGUGUUGGUGCAGAAGAUGAUGGUGAACAUGGGAAGUCCUCUGAAGGUUGAUAGGAAGAACAAUGGCUGCUUUAUUGCAAAAGGAAAAGCUUUUAAAAAUUGGUUGUGUGAAAUGAGGAAGCCACCCUUGACUCAACAACACCAAUAG